UAUUUUCAAUCUCAGCUGUCCAUUCUCCACUUCCCCUUUGUCAUUUUGAGUUUAGGCCCACUUUGAAAACAAACGCUGGACACAGAAGAACAAAAAUAGUGAUGCAGAAUUCCAGAUGCUUUAAGCUAAAACUACGAUCCAGGGAGAGAGAGAGAGAGAUGUUUACUGAAAUCAAGAUCCAAUAAUUUUCCAGUUUUCAUUUUUCAGCUUUUUCACUAAAGUCCCUGAAAAAUCCAGCUGAAAUCAGCUCUCAUCUCAGCAACGGAAAACAAAAUUUCAGUAACUAAAAAUCUCCAGAUUUUGUUCUUCAAUUCCUGUUUCAGGAUGUUGAGAGAUUUCAAAUUCCUGCGCCGGAAUUCGGGCAAGCAGAGCGAGGAAAUCGAGAAUGUGCCUGUAAAUCCUAGAUAUUCAUUGGCGAGUCAAGCCAGGGCCGACUCAUCUAGGCCUCCAUUGAACACGAUUCAAGUCCCAGCCCCAAUUCUUCACCCUCCUAACCCUAAAUUUGAGCAAGAAGCGGUAAACGCUAGAAGUAAAAUUGAUAGAACACCAGCCAAGCCCAAACCCAAGAACUGUGACUCAACUUUGCCUCCGGAUAAAUAUGGAGGAGUGGGAUUUCAUACCAAGAACCAAUUGGGGUGGACUCAGGGAAAUGGGCCUAGCUCCACUCCCAGCGACUCGCGUGAUGAAAUGAGACCUGAUAUUAACAACUAUUCAGUGCUGCUGAAUCAUGGGGGCUUGCCUAACAUUACUCCAAGGUCGACGAGGAGGCCUACUUCAAGUCAUUCUGAGACUAAUUCUACACAAAGCACGCCAACCAAGAGUGUUUCUAAGCCUCCGAGUUUGGGGUUUAGGAGUAAGUAUGAUGGGGUUAUUGGAGGAGGGCGUAUGGGGAACUUUACUGCAUUGUAUAGGGGGAUUCCUGUAUCUAGUGGUUCGAGUACUGCUGUUGUUAAUACUGUUGAAGUGCCUCAUUUUGAUCUCAAAGAGGAUCCAUCAUUUUGGAUGGAUCACAAUGUACAGGUUCUUGUUCGUGUGCGUCCUCUCAGUAGCAUGGAGAAGAGUAUGCAUGGUUACAGCAGGUGUUUGAAGCAAGAAAAUGCCCAAAGUAUCACUUGGAUUGGUCAACCAGAAACUCGCUUCACAUUUGACCAUGUAGCAUGUGAAUCAGUAGAUCAGGAAAUGCUUUUCAGGAUGGCUUGUCUCCCCAUGGUGGAGAAUUGUUUGUCUGGCUACAACAGCUGUAUGUUUGCCUAUGGUCAGACAGGAAGUGGGAAGACAUACACAAUGCUUGGUGAAAUUGAUGAUUUAGAAGUCAAGCCCAGCCAACGCCGUGGAUUGACACCAAGGAUAUUUGAAUUUUUGUUUGCAAGGAUUCAAGCUGAGGAAGAAAGUCGUAGGGAUGAAAGACUAAAAUAUAAUUGCAAGUGCUCUUUCUUAGAGAUUUACAAUGAACAAAUUACCGAUCUCCUUGAUCCCUCAUCUACCAAUUUGCUUCUGAGGGAGGAUGUCAAGCAGGGUGUCUAUGUAGAAAAUCUCUCAGAAUUUGAAGUUCGAACUGUGAGCGACAUUCUGAAGCUACUGACUCAGGGUUCUGUAAAUAGGAAAGUUGCAGCAACAAAUAUGAAUAGACAAAGCAGUCGGUCGCAUAGUGUUUUUACUUGUGUUAUUGAGAGCAGGUGGGAAAAAGAUUCCACAACUAACCUAAGGUUUGCUAGAUUGAACCUAGUUGAUCUUGCAGGUUCAGAAAGGCAGAAAAGUUCAGGUGCUGAAGGUGAGCGUCUAAAGGAAGCUGCAAACAUAAACAAAUCAUUGUCCACGUUAGGUCAUGUAAUUAUGAUUCUAGUAGAUGUGGCAAACGGGAAACAAAAACAUGUUCCUUAUAGGGAUUCAAGGUUGACCUUCCUUCUUCAGGACUCGCUUGGUGGAAAUUCAAAAACAAUGAUCAUUGCUAAUGUCAGCCCUUCUAUCUGCUGUUCAGCUGAAACACUGAGUACUUUAAAAUUUGCUCAGAGAGCAAAACUUAUCCAGAAUAAUGCUAUUGUGAACGAAGAUUCCACUGGGGAUGUCAUUGCACUACAGCAUCAAAUACGGCUUUUAAAGGAGGAGCUUUCUCUUCUAAAACGUCAAAAUGUCUUCAGAUCUUUGUCAUUUGGUUCAACUGGCAAAGAUACGACUCAAGUAAAAGAUGCUGCUUGCUCUGAAAACAUGCAUGUAACAGAUCAACAGCAGGUUGAUGGCCUGCUUGGAUUUGAAUCAAAAGACAUAAUUAGAAUGUCCACUGAGCAGUUGAAUUCUUUGGAGACAACACUUGCUGGUGCAUUGAGAAGAGAACAGAUGGCAGAGACACACAUCAAGAAACUUGAAGCUAAAAUUGAGCAGUUGAACUGCUUGGUUUGUCAAAGAGAGGAAGAGACCAGGAUCACAAAAAUGAUGCUCAGAUGUCGGGAAGACAAAAUUCAAAGAAUGGAGUCAAUUCUUGGUGAUUCAUUAUCUCAAGAUACUUAUUUGCUUGAAGAGAACAGGGCCCUCUGUGAAGAGAUCCAGUUGCUUCAAGCUAAAGUAGAUAAAAAUCCUGAAAUAACUCGCUUUGCAAUGGAGAAUAUAAGGCUUUUGGACCAACUCAAAAGAUUUCAAGAAUUCUAUCAAGAAGGAGAGAGAGAAAUACUCUUGGAUAAAGUAUCCAAACUUCAGGAACAGCUGCCUCAUUAUCUUGAUGGGAAAUCUAUACGACAUAACCAUCCCAAUGUCAAUGGCCAACCUCAGGAAUCUAUGUGCAUCAGCAACAAAGACAAUUCUCUCCAUUUAGAGUUAAAGAACAGUCUCAAUGAGUUAGAGGAGUGCAGGUGUAAGUUAAGUUCUUGCUUAGAGGAUAACAAAAAACUAAGUAGAGAAACACAUGAUCUGCAGCUUAUGUUAGACAAUCUCAAAUCUACUGCCCAGGAUAAAGAUGACAACGUCAAAAACAUUAAGGAUCCAUCAGAAGCUCUUACUUCUGAAUUUGGCAUGCUUAGGGGAGUUAAGAAUGGGGGGGAAAGCAUGCAUAUUAUAUCAGUAAUGAAACAUGCGGAAGAAGUCUUGGAUUUACAGCUGCAAUUGGAUAUAUUGAAGAUUAUUCUCGAAGAAGAGAGAUCAAUCCGUGGUGAAGUAGAAGAAAGGACAGCAUGCUUGAGUAGAGAACUUGAACUGGCCAAUGAAAAGCUUCUGUUUGUAAGCAAGCAACAUGGAGAAGCAACUCAUGAAUUGAAAGAGGCAAAGUUAGUUGUUGAAGCCCUUGAGUCUCAACAAAUACUGACGAUAAAUGAGAUGGAAGACCUGAGGAAAAGUAACAGUCACUAUUUGGAGCUUUUGCAUGAAAAAGAGUUUGAAAUAAUGGAACUGAAAGAGCAACUUUCUCGACAAGAUUUAAGAGAUUAUCCAUCUGACCGGUUAGAUGGUAAGGACUCUAUUUUACAAAUGAAACUGAAGAGGAUGCAAGAUUCACUUGAGAAGGCCAAGAAACUGAAUAUUUGGUACCGAAAUGAUCAUGCUUUUCAGGCAACCAAUGAAGAAGAAAUGGAUGAAGUCCGUAGGCAGGCAGAAGCUGAAACUGUUGAGGUUAUUGUUUGUAUGCAGGAAGAACUAUCCAUUCUUCAGCAGCAGGUCCACAAUUGCCAUUUGAAAGAGAUUGAGACUAAUAAAGUUGUAAUGCUUCUAGAAAAUGAGUUGAAGGAGCUGAAGGGAGAGUUAAACCUCUUAACUAAAGACAACAAAGAGUUGCAUGGAAAGUUAGAGAGUAAAGAUGGAGAAUUGAGAACAUUAUCUGAUGAGUGGGAACUGUUGGCUUGUGAAAUAGCAGAAAUUGUUGCAGAUGGGCUAGAGGCACUUACCGAUGCCUCUGAUCAGCUCAAACAUAUCUCUACCACCUUUCCACAUAAAAGGAUUUGGAUCUCUGAACAAGUUGGCAGGUUAAUUAGAAUCAUCUCUGAAAAGGAGUUCCUGAUUGAAGAACUCAGCAAAUGUUUAGAAGACGCAAACAAUAAAAGAAGUGAUGCAGAGUGUAUGCUUAAGUCUUUGAGAGGAGCAGUACUGGUGAUCAAUGAAGCACAUUUACAGGAGUGCAAUGAAAAGGAGAAAGAAAAUUUUCUCUUGAAGUCUCUGUUAAAAGAGAAAACAACUACAAUUGCAGAGCUGGAGGAUAAAGUGAAGCUGGCAGAACUUCAUGCUACUAAGUCAUCAGUUUGUGCGACAGCUGCUUUUGUGAUUGUGAAUAGGUUUUCAGAAUUGAAUGUUAAUAAUCUCAAUAAGUUAAAGUGCAAGAAUUUACAACCUUGUGACUCAGCAGAGAUUAAUCAAAGGAAAGAUGCCCUUGUCAAAGAUCAGGCUGCUUCUAUUAACGAGGCAGAGGAAAAAGUCCUUGUAUAAAUUUUGAUAAGGCACAGCAAUCAAUGGUUAAACUGAAGGUUAGCCCAAAGAGAAAACUGUUGUUAUCUUUGGUCUAAAGUUGACGGCUAUUCAGAAUUGAAUCUUCUACUGGAAACUGAAGAUGGCAGGGUGGUACAGGAAGCAUUUGUCACUCUAUUGAAACAUCAGGCAGCAGGAAUAGCAAAACCUGUGUCCAAUAUAAGCCCUGCAGUUGCUGAAGAGGCACUUGAACUGAUGAAAAAUAGACUCGCUUCCCUGGAAAGAGAAUGUCUAGAUUUAAGAACAGAAUUACCAAGAAAGAAUUCGGUUGUCUGAGAAACAUUACCAACAAACUGGAGAACGGAUAAGAACUACAAAACUCCGAGAAGAGGCCAAACUCCUUUAUUAGACCGAUAGCACUAGUUGCCUAUGCAAGGAGAUGGGUAUUUAGCCUUGUGCUAGCAAUUAUAACAGCAGAAGCCAAGCCAAGCUUUGGAUGUGUUCAUGUAGUUCUUCUUAUUCUGAUUCGUCUGAUCAAGCUGUGUAUCAAUUCUUUUCUCAAUCUGGAUAUCAUUUUUUUUUUCUUGGUUUAUUCUGUAUUACCGUGUAAAUAAAUAAAUAUAUAAUUCAAUGGAAAUUGAUAAUUGCCAUC